AUGUGCAAGCCAGCGUCGCUCAAGCCUGCGCUCAGGCCAAACAUCGUCCACCUCUCUGAGAUCCCGCCCGGGUACAACCUUGACCUCUCAAAGUCGUCUCAUUUCAGAGUCAACUUCUCAGUCGGCCAGGCGGCCGCGUCGGCGCUCGACCCAAGUCACAACGAGUUCUUCAACCUCGCCACCGACAUAGUCCCACUCGUCUACUUCUCUGCCGAAGCUUUACGGCUUGCCACCACUGCCGACGGCGGCAGCGGUCUUGACAGGGGCGGCGGCGGCGCGGCGCCAGCUCUCUCGGAGGCUGUCCGGAUGUGCAUCUUUGCGACCGUCCUCCAGCAUGCCACGUCGCUCUUCUCUCACACGUUUACGUGCUGCUCGCCGCGUGCCUCCCGCACGGUGUGGCACGUGGACUACGCGGGCGUGCUCAUCAACUUCCUGUGGAACGGCCCCGUCAUGGCCUUCAUCGCGGCGCGCCCUCUCCCCUAA